AAUUGCAACAAGUCUAUAUAGAAGCAGAGACGAAAUAAAAGGGCUCAGAGUCUGGUGGUGCCCACUUGGAACACUUUCCCAAACGGACUACUUUUUUUUUUCCAUUUUUGGCUGAAUUUUUCUCCAGAGGAUUUACUUUCUACAAACAGCAUGUCAGAGAACAAGAAGAAAGAUAGAAAAGGGAAAAAGAGGGAUGGAAGGAGAGGGCAAAAGCUUAAGGAGGGAGAUCCCGCCACAGCGGUGGCUCCCAAAUUAAAACCCAUCAAGAAUCCAAUAAUCGUGGACGAGGGAAGAAAGUUCACAGUCAAGUGCGUGGCCAGCGGAAACCCUGACCCGGCCUACACGUGGUUCAAAGACGGCAAUGAGCUGAAGGGGGGCAGAAGGAUCAAAAUAAAGAGCAACCAGAAAUCCUCCAGGGUCCUGAUCAAUAAAGCAAAACUGGAGGAUUCUGGGAAUUACACAUGCGUAGUGGAGAACUCAGUGGGAAAGGACAACUCCACCGGCACCGUUAACGUCCAAAGCAUAACCACAACGCCAUCUCCAGGCUCAGGCCACGCCAGAAAAUGCAACGAAACACAGAAGGCCUACUGUGUGAAUGGCGGCGACUGUUACUUCAUCGAUGGUAUAAAACAGCUUUCCUGCAAGUGUCCAAAUGACUUUACUGGUGAUCGCUGUCAAACCUACGUUAUGGCCAGUUUCUACCAGCAUCUUGGGAUUGAAUUUAUGGAGGCAGAGGAACUUUACCAGAAAAGAGUCCUGACAAUCACGGGUAUUUGUGUGGCUCUGUUGGUGGUGGGCAUCGUGUGUGUGGUCGCCUACUGUAAAACCAAGAAACAAAGAAGGAACAUGCACAAUCAUCUGCGGCAAAACAUGUGUCCCGAACAUCCCAACCGUAACCUUGCUAAUGGACCUAAUCACCCCGGACCCGGCCCCGAAGAAAUCCCAAUGGUAGAUUACAUAUCAAAAAACGUUUCGGCGACGGAACGAGUCAUACGGCCUGCGACAGAGGGAUCCUUCCCCGCCAGUCACACCUCUUCCAGAUCUCACAAUUCUUCCACGCGAGCCCACUCAUCCACUCACCGACACGAGGAGCGGACAUGGAGCCUCGAACGCUCUGACAGCAUCCUCUCGGACUCCCCGGGAAUGAUGUCAUCAUCUGUGGGGACCAGUAAAUGCAGCAGUCCCGCAUGCAUGGAGGCGCGGGCCCGGCGAGCUGCACACUGUGGUUAUUCUGACCCCCACCGGCCGAGACUGCAGUACGGGGACUCGUUCGACUCGCUGCGAGACUCUCCGCACAGCGAAAGGUACGUGUCAGCCCUGACAACACCAGCCCGCCUUUCCCCGGUGGAUUUCCAUUACUCAUUGCCCCUGCAGGUGCCUACCUUCCAGAUCACGUCCCCCAAUGCCAACCACGCCAUGUCCCUCCCUCCCGCCGUACACAACCCCUACCCCCUGGAGGACGACCAGCCCCUACUGUGCCGAUACCCGGUGCGCAUGCACGACGCCCGGUGCCAAGAGCCCUACCGGCAGCAGCGCCGCACCUAUCUGAACAACAGCCGGGGCAGCCUGCCCUCCAGCCCCUACCAGCUGGCCGAGGAUGAAGACUACGAGACCACCCAGGAGUACCUCUCCUCCCGAGAGCAACCAAAGAGAAGCGGGUCUGGCGGAAGCGGCGGCCGGCGCUGGCGGCGAUCCAGACUGAACGGCCACGUGGCGCCCCGCGGGUAUGAGGCAUCUCAAGACUUUGGGUCUCGGAGCUGCCUAACGGGGAGCGAGUCGGAGGAGGACGGCGAGAGCACGCCCUUCCUCAGUAUGCAGAACAUGAACGCCGAGCCCUCCACCAUCUACAGGCCCGUGGACAGUCGGACUUCUCACUCGUCGGGGCGGCAGAGCGGGCACGGGAACAUGCAUACGAGACUGACGCACUCACGUCCCAAAGCGGACAAUACUCCCCACUAAAGAGUGUUCAACCAACCAACAGAAAUCAACAUAGUAUAGACCUGCAUCUAUGAAAAGUAUUUUAUAUAACUGACAAAUAUUCUAAAGAAAUUAAGUAUAUAUUUAUUUUCAUUUGUCUACUAGCUAACAGCAAAGACUUUUUUAUAGGGAAAGCUCUAUUUAUAUGUACGUUUGAUUUUCAGCAUAAAAAGAUGUGCUGGUUUUUUUCACAAUGUUUAAAAAAGAAAAAAAAACAAACAAAAAAAAAACAAUAGAGUAAUAUUGUGGUGCCUUUUGCUGUUUGCUGAUGCCAGGGGGCGAUCGGAGGUUUUUGUAGCCUUUCUUAUAUGGACUCCUCAUUUUUUUAUACACAUUUAUGUUUUUUCUGUCCUCUUUAAUUUCCUGUUUCACAUUCUUUCCAAACGGCAUUCUUUGAGAAGUGUGUAUCCCCACUGGAGCAUAACCCUUCCCAUAUCACGCAAUAUAAACCUUUUCAACCUAAA